GACAAAUGCCGGAGAAUUCACCACACAAUACCGAGAACAAACACCAGAGAAUUCAUCAUAGUGCUGAAAGUGUCAAAAGACAAAUGCCGGAGAAUUCACCACACAACGCCGAAGGUGUUAAGAACAAACAUCAGAGAAUUUAUCACAGUGCCCAAAAACAAAUGCUGGAGAAUUCACCACACAACACCGAAGAUAUUCAAGAACACCAGAGAAUUCAUCACAGUGCCAAGAACAAAUGCCGAACACCAGAGAAUUCAUCACAGUGCCAAGGACAAAUGCCAGAAAAUUCACCAUACAACUCUGAAGUAUUCAAGAACACCAGAGAAUUCAUCACAGUGCCCGAGGACAAACUCCAGAGAAUUUACCACACAAUGCCAAAGGUAUUUAAGAACACCAGAGAAUUCAUCACAGUGCCCAAGGACAAACGCUGGAGAAAAUUCACCACACAAUGCCAAAGGUGUUCAAGAACACCAGAACAAAUGUCAGAGAAUUCACUAUAUGAUGCCGAAGGUGUUCAAGAACAAACACCAGAGAAUUCAUCACAGUGCCAAAAGUGCCCAAGAACAAACAUCAGAGAAUUCACCACAACGCUGAAGAAUUUAUCACACAAUACUGAAGGUAUUCAAGAACAAACACCAAAGAAUUCAUUAAAAUACCAAAAUGCUGAAAGUGCCCAAGGACAAAUGCCGGAGAAUUUACCACACAAUGCCGAAAGUUUUAAGAACAAACACCAGAGAAUUCAUUAUGCCAAAGAUGCCCAAGAACAAAUACCAAGCAUAACACCAAAAUGUUCAAGGACAAACACUCCACAUAAUGCUGAAAAUGCCCAAGAACAAGCACCAAAGAAUUUAUUACACAAUGCCGGAGACAAGCACCAAAGAAAAAGAACUCACUACACAACAUUGAAAGUGUUCAAGAAAAAUUCACCACACACUGCUGAAAGUGCCCGAAAACAUGUACCAGAGAAUUUACCACUAGAGAAUUCACUACACAAUGCUAAAUGUGCCCAAGGACAAGCACCAGAGAGUUCACACACAAUGCCAAAUAUGCCCAAGAACAAAAUCAGAAGGUUUACAAUGCCAAAGACAAACACCAAAGAUUCAUAUGCUGAAAAAAUGCUCGAGGACAAACACCAGAAGAUUUACAAUGCCAAAUUAAGAAUUCACCUUACAUUGCCAGGAGAGCACAGAGACACACUAUAUAAUAUCAAAAGUUUCUAG